AGCUCUUCCUUUUCUGUUGUGAAACUGUCAAAAACCCUACUCGCCAGUUGCAGCAACUCUCUCGCCUCAAUUACACACAUAGUGAAGCAAAGGAAAACAAAAAAAGACAACUGAGCAAAGCUUGGAAUCGAUGUCGGAAAGGGAUGACGACUCCUCCGAUGCGCCCGAGGAGUUCACCUCCGAGCAGGGCAUUAAACAGGAUGAAGAGAUCAGAAAAGUCCAGAGGGAAAACAAAACCAGAAUUGCUCGAGAAGGCAAAGAACGUCGGAGGAAGUGGGCCCAAAGGAGAACUCAACAACUAGCAGAAGUUGAUGAAACCGUAGAAGAUGCAACAGAAUCUGAACCACUUCAGGAGGUCCAGGAUACUGUUGGAAUGCUUCCAAACAACAUUGUUAAUCUGCUUGCAGCUCGUGAGAAUUCCUUGUGCAGGAAAGUCUUCCUAUCAGAUUCUGAUGAAGAGAAGCUCGAGGGAAAAGUUACCCCAAAAAAGAAAAAGCCAAAAGGCUCUGGGCCAGAACCUGUGAUAUUGAAGGACAUACCACCUGCUCAAUGCUUGCAAAACUCCUUGGAAUUCUUGAAACAAAGGAAAAUGCAGGUUUCAAGAUCAUCUGCGGUUUUAAACAACUCUAACCAAGCAUUACGCCUCCUAUCAACAUGCGGUUUGCUAAACAAGAAGUGAAAGUGCUAAGUUUUUUUUAUUAUUUUUUAUUGUUAGUCAUAGCACGACACUCUUCUUCUUCCUUGAAGCGCAGCUAUAUUUGCAAUGCUAACGUUGCUUCUCAUAUUUUCAAGUAGUGUUGGUGAUCAGGAAAAAGUGGGAAUGAUUUUGAAGUAGAGACCAAAAAGAGAUUAAGGCUAUGGGGUGGUUUCAAAUUUCAAUAUUCUGUUAAUUUUGAUUCCCGAUAUGUAUCAUCAUCGUGUAAUCACACUUGUAUCGUGGUGGUAUUGCUUGUUUGCCUAUUAAUUGCCAUUUAGAAAGAUUUGGGAGAGAAGGCUCUUUUAAAAUAAUGAAUAUUAGAGGAGGUUUCUUCUUACAGGUUCUGGAUCCACUUGUAUAUCUAUACCUUGAUUCAAGUGAAAUUAGUUAAAUGUAUUAUCUUGGGUUCAGACAGA